CUCUCCCGGAAAUGAUUCGUUGGCAUUGGCAACGUUUUAGCAGGUCCAACGGCGAACACAGUCUCUGAAUAAAGAAAGCGAAAGGAGAGGUAAUAAAAGAGUUGAGGACUUCUAGACCUUUGUAUCCUUCACAUCCACUCACCAUAGAGGAGCGAGGAGCGAGUACAGACUGCAAACAGAAUGACCAGCUCAUCUGCUCCCAGGAUGGUGAAUAGUUACAAGCGGACUUCAAGCCCUCGAUCGCCCACUAACACUGGGGAGCUCUUCACCCCUGCACACGAGGAAAAUGUGCGCUUUAUACAUGAUACUUGGCAGUGUGUGCUCAGAGACAUCAGAUCAACACAAAAUAGUGAACGUAAUGACCGUGGACCACAGGAGUAUGUGGAGAAGAACCCAAAUCCUAACCUAAAUUCUUUCACGCCAGUGGACCUGAGUGACCUCAAGAAACGCAACACACAGGACUCCAAGAAGUCCUAGUCUUUCUCAAGAUGGUCCAGUCGCUUUUUUUUUCUCCACCCAUUAUCCUCGCGAACUCUUCCUCCAUCAGCCCUCUGUCAGCCAGAAAGUCAGCCCUGUUGGCCGGUCUUAGCACAGAACGCCGAGCUUGUCUCUCAACUCUGGACCAUAGCAACCCCUGUCUCUUUCUUUAUCAUUUCCAACUGACUCAGAAGAAAAGAACUGGGAUUCCAGGGAGCACAAACUCUCCCCUCUCUUGGUUCAAGUCACAACAUCUUCAUGUGUACAUUGUUUAUGUGGAUGGGACUGAUGCAAACUUUCAUCACAAUUUGCUGACAUCUGAUGCUGAGGUACAAACUGUUGCCGCUCUCCACAGGACAAAACAGACUGCAGUCUUAAACACAAACCCUGUUUUCUUUACUACUGCUACUUAUAUGACUUUGGAGGAAAAUGCGAAAGGGCUGACGUCUGUUUUUUAAAGUUUGUUUUGGAAGAUAGUUAUUGUAGAAGUAAUGAAAUGGUCACAUUGGAUACACACUUCAUGGGCGAGUUCUGGAAGCCAAAUGCAAUGUAGAAGGCCAACGUUUUAAGAUGAAUUUUUCUUGCCUAUCAAAUGGACUUUACUAAGUAGAGACCUUCCCAAGUGUGCUGCCCUUGGUGACCCCUCCCCAUUUCCCCAUACCCUAAACGAAACAAAAUGUUGAAUAAAAGUCUUUUACAAUAUA